AUGGCCCGGCCGCCGCUGCCCGCCGCCGCCCUGCUCGCCGCCGCCCUGCUGCACUGCGCGCCCGCCGCGCCCGCCCGCCGCCCGCACAAGCCGGACGUGGCUCGAAAACAUCACACCUGGAAGGAGCAGAGUCCCUGGCUGCUGUCCCUGGUGAACGCCGUGGGGACCGGCGUGCCCACCAAGGGCUUCCCCAUGGGCGCGGGUGAGCAGGCGGCUCGCUGGAACCCACCCCGGUGCGGCGUGCCCGACCUGCCGGCGCUGCCGGACGGCCAGAACGGGCGCAACCGGCAGAAGCGGUUCGUCCUCUCGGGGGGACGCUGGGAUAAGACCGACCUCACCUACAAAAUUAUCAGGUUCCCGUGGCAACUUGUAAAAGCCAAGGUGAGAAGGACCAUCGAGGAAGCUCUGAAAGUCUGGAGCGAUGUGACGCCGCUGACCUUCACCGAGGUCCAGGAGGGCCGGGCUGACAUCGUCAUCGAUUUCACGAGGUACUGGCACGGAGACAACUUGCCCUUCGACGGGCCCGGCGGGAUCCUGGCGCACGCGUUCUUCCCCAAGACGCACCGGGAGGGGGACGUCCACUUUGACUACGACGAGACCUGGACGAUUGGGAACAACCUGGGCACUGACCUCCUCCAGGUGGCUGCUCACGAGUUCGGCCACGUCCUGGGCUUGCAGCACACAGCUGUCUCCAAGUCUCUGAUGUCUCCUUUCUACAUCUUCCGCUAUCCGCUGAGCCUGAGCGAGGAUGACAAGCAAGGUAUCCAGUACCUCUAUGGGAAACGCAAGCUGGAUCCCGAGCCAACCCCAACGCAGCCAGCAGAGCUGCCCCAGCCAGACCUUGAAACGAACGAGAUCACCAAUGUGGAGUCUGUGCAGCCCGAUGCCUGCGACACGGCUUUUGAUGCCGCGGCCACCAUCCGGGGCGAGCUGUUCUUCUUCACAUCCCGCUACGUGUGGCGGCUCCGAGCUGGAAAGCUGCAGGCUGGCUACCCAGCUCUGGCCUCUCGUCACUGGCAGGGGAUCCCAAGCUCUGUGGAUGCCACCUUCGAGGACCCUCUGGGCAAUAUCUGGUUUUUCCAAGAUUCUCAGUACUGGAUUUACGAUGGUGAGAGACGGGUCUCUGGUCCCACCCCGAUCGUGGAGCUGGGCCUCCCUGCUUCCCCCGUGCAGGCAGCUCUGGUGUGGGGGGCUGAGAAGAACAAGAUCUACAUCUUCAGUGGAGGCAACUACUGGCGCUUCAACCCUCACACCCGCCAGGUGGACAACAUCUACCCGCGGACCAUGGCCGACUGGCGCGGGGUCCCUCAGGAGAUCGAUGCUGCUUUUCAGGAUGAGUUUGGUUUUGCCUAUUUCCUGAGAGGCCGAGACUACUGGAAGUUCGAUCCCGUCCAGGUGAAGGUGCUGGAGGGCUACCCGCGCCACAUCAGCCAGGACUUCUUCAGCUGUACACCCUCCUCCAACUCCUUCAGAUGA